CCGACUGUACCACAAUGUUACGCUAUCAGUCCAAAUCAUUACACAAGGCUCUAUGGCCAGCCCCGUCAACACUAACGGUGUGCUCAAAUCCUCGUUGCCGAGGUUUCCAAUAUAUCGCAUCAUGGAGAAAAUUUUCUACUACACGGCUGAGCGAUAGUGAGCAAGGCCGAGCAUCCAACAUUAGACCUCUCCAAUCCAUGUUUUCACAAUCGCAGUCGUCUUGGGACCACGUUUUCAAGGGCAUUGCGGACACCCCCCCGGUAGUAUCGCAGUCGGGUCCUAGACGCGGUCGGAGGCAGGCGAUGACUAACCGGGAAAUCAGCGCUUUUAACGACAUGUUCAACAUGAUAUUCGAUGCUGUUUCUGAACAGUCGCGAAAGCAGCGUGAUGUCGAUCUUCAACGUGACGAUCUUGGGGGUCUCUUCAGCAAGCUUCGACGACACUCAAAGAAGAUAAAAUGGACCACAGAAGAAGACAAUCUUCUGGACCGGAAAAAAGAGGAGAUGGACAUGUGCGACACAGAUCAGCAACUUCUUGACUGGGCCUUGAGGGAGGUGUUUGAGGAUUCAGCCCGGCGUGAAGCAGCAUCUCGGCUGGCCAUGGAAAACCCAGAUAUCAAAGAAGUUCCGAGGCUCCAAUCUCCAGCGUAUCCCGAACUCAUUGCUCUCCUCAUGCAGACUUUUCGCGACAAAUACAGUGAUCCUCACCUUGCUCUAUCCAUUUUCGACUACACUCGAAACCUCUCCAUAAUCUCAUACGUAUUUGGAUGCACGACAAAGGCUUACAAUGAACUCCUCAAGACUAAGUGGCGGUGUUUCCGCGAUCUCAAAGGGUUCCAUGACGCCCUGCAAGAAAUGACUGUCAACGGUGUCGGGAUAGAUGCUCGUACGCGUAAGUUGGUAGAAGAGGUGCGGCGUGACGUCGGUGAAAAAAGCCUUUGGAUGGAGGAGGAUCCGCUGGGGGACAGUACCGAGUCAUGGAAUCUGUUGAACAAGAUUGAGGACCUUACCGCUGCAAAGAAAAAGAGGUCGAAGGUCGAAAAAGAGCCAAAGUGGGACGAAUGGAAGUCCUCUUCCAUGGUUGAUGAUGUCAAUGAUCAGUGGGGAUUCGAUAAAUGGGAUGACCCAGCAGGUAAACUGCCAUGAUAACAUUUCGUUUAUUCUGCUUCAGUCCCUUUCCUAGUUACAAAAGUAAGAAACCCAUUUAUGUUACUCCAUUAGAAGCAUAUACACCUUCAUGGUCACUUCUUCUAACGGUGAAAGAUAUAUAUACUCGUACAUUUAUUGAGAUCCCGUGCAUGAUCUGUUAUGUUGGGGUAUAAAUGCCCACGUAUGGUUCCCUGUAGAAGUAAAAAUAUG